UGCAUUUGGAGCAGGCUGCUCUGACUCCAACCCAGGCUGCUUCCUGCAGGCUGUCCCUCUCCUUCAAAACCUUGCGUUCCCUCCCCGAAGCUGCAGGCAGCGUGCCUCCAUUCAGCCACAUUUGGUAUGCAUGAGCACUGCUGCGGGAGAGGGGAGGUGGCUUUCUUAAGAAGGUUCAGUGGCUCAGGCAACGCCUCUUGACUAGUCUCCCAAGUUCCAGGAAGCCUCUGUCCUAAUGGAAUUCGCAGGUGUGGACAUGACCAUGGGAUGCCAGGGCCGUGGGGGAUUAUUUAUUUUCUAGGCAUUGCUCAGGUUUGCAGUUUCUGGUUUUCCUGGUGGAAUUUGGAAAGGGUCAUGAAUCAAACUGAUGCUCCUCGACCCCUAAACUGGACCAUCCGGAAGCUGUGCCAUGCAGCCUUUCUCCCAUCUGUCAGACUUCUUAAGGCUCAGAAAUCCUGGAUAGAAAGAGCGUUUUAUAAAAGAGAAUGUGUUCACAUCAUACCCAGCACCAAAGACCCCCAUAGGUGUUGCUGCGGGCGUCUCAUAGGCCAGCAUGUCGGCCUCACUCCCAGUAUCUCCGUUCUUCAGAAUGAGAAAAAUGAAAGUCGCCUAUCCCGAAACGACAUCCAGUCCGAGAAGUGGUCCAUCAGCAAGCACACUCAACUCAGCCCCACAGAUGCUUUUGGAACCAUCGAGUUCCAAGGAGGUGGCCAUUCCAACAAAGCCAUGUACGUGCGAGUGUCUUUUGAUACAAAACCCGAUCUCCUCUUACAUCUGAUGACCAAGGAGUGGCAGUUGGAGCUUCCCAAACUUCUCAUCUCUGUCCAUGGGGGUCUGCAGAACUUUGAGCUCCAGCCAAAGCUCAAGCAAGUCUUUGGAAAAGGUCUCAUCAAGGCAGCCAUGACCACAGGAGCAUGGAUAUUCACUGGAGGUGUGAACACAGGUGUUAUUCGUCACGUUGGAGAUGCCUUGAAGGACCACGCGUCCAAGUCUCGGGGGAAGAUGUGCACCAUCGGUAUCGCGCCCUGGGGCGUCGUGGAAAACCAAGAGGACCUCAUUGGAAGAGAUGUUGUCCGGCCAUACCAGACCAUGUCCAACCCCAUGAGCAAGCUCACUGUUCUCAACAGCAUGCAUUCCCACUUCAUUCUGGCCGACAAUGGAACCACUGGGAAAUAUGGAGCAGAGGUGAAACUUAGGAGACAACUGGAAAAGCAUAUUUCACUCCAGAAGAUAAACACAAGAAUUGGUCAAGGCGUUCCGGUGGUGGCACUCAUUGUGGAAGGAGGACCCAAUGUGAUCUCAAUUGUCUUGGAGUACCUUCGAGACACCCCUCCUGUGCCAGUGGUUGUCUGUGAUGGGAGUGGACGGGCAUCCGACAUCCUGGCAUUUGGGCAUAAAUAUUCAGAAGAAGGCGGACUUAUAAAUGAGUCUUUGAGGGACCAGCUGUUAGUGACCAUCCAGAAAACCUUCACAUACACUCGCACCCAAGCUCAGCAUCUGUUCAUCAUCCUCAUGGAGUGCAUGAAGAAGAAGGAACUGAUCACGGUGUUUCGCAUGGGAUCAGAAGGACACCAGGACAUUGAUUUAGCUAUCCUGACAGCUUUGCUUAAAGGAGCCAAUGCCUCGGCCCCAGACCAACUGAGCUUAGCUUUAGCCUGGAACAGAGUCGACAUCGCCCGCAGCCAGAUCUUUAUUUAUGGGCAACAAUGGCCGGUGGGUUCUCUGGAACAAGCCAUGUUGGAUGCCCUAGUUCUGGACAGAGUGGAUUUUGUGAAAUUACUCAUAGAGAAUGGAGUAAGCAUGCACCGUUUUCUCACCAUCUCCAGACUAGAGGAAUUGUACAAUACGAGACAUGGGCCCUCAAAUACAUUGUACCACUUGGUCAGGGAUGUCAAAAAGGGCAACCUGCCCCCCGACUACAGGAUCAGCCUGAUAGACAUCGGCCUGGUGAUCGAGUACCUGAUGGGCGGCGCCUACCGCUGCAACUACACGCGCAAGCGCUUCAGGACCCUCUACCAUAAUCUCUUUGGCCCCAAGAGGCCCAAAGCUUUGAAACUGCUGGGAAUGGAGGAUGAUGUUCCCUUGAGGCGAGGAAGAAAGACAACCAAGAAGCGUGAAGAGGAGGUAGACAUUGACUUAGACGACCCUGAGAUCAACCAUUUCCCUUUCCCUUUCCACGAGCUGAUGGUGUGGGCUGUCCUGAUGAAGCGGCAGAAGAUGGCCCUGUUCUUCUGGCAGCACGGGGAGGAGGCCAUGGCCAAGGCCCUGGUGGCCUGUAAGCUCUGCAAAGCCAUGGCUCACGAGGCCUCUGAGAACGACAUGGUUGACGACAUCUCCCAGGAGCUGAACCACAACUCCAGGGACUUUGGUCAACUGGCUGUGGAGCUCCUCGACCAGUCAUAUAAACAGGACGAGCAGCUGGCCAUGAAACUACUGACGUAUGAACUGAAGAACUGGAGCAAUGCCACAUGCUUGCAGCUGGCUGUGGCUGCCAAGCACCGUGACUUCAUUGCCCACACGUGCAGCCAGAUGUUGCUCACAGACAUGUGGAUGGGCCGCCUACGGAUGCGCAAGAACUCAGGCCUCAAGGUAAUUCUGGGAAUUCUACUUCCUCCUUCAAUUCUCAGCUUGGAGUUCAAGAACAAAGAUGACAUGCCCUACAUGUCUCAGGCCCAGGAAAUCCAUCUUCAAGAGAAGGAGCCAGAAGAACCAGAGAAGCCCUCAAAGGAAAAAGAUGAAGAGGACAUGGAACUGACAGCAAUGUUGGGGCGCAACAGUGGGGAAUCCUCCAGGAAGAAGGACGAAGAGGAAGUUCAGAGUAGGCACCGGUUAAUCCCCCUGGGCCGAAAAAUCUAUGAAUUCUACAACGCUCCCAUCGUGAAGUUCUGGUUCUACACGCUGGCAUACAUUGGAUACCUGAUGCUCUUCAACUACAUCGUGUUGGUGAAGAUGGAGCGCUGGCCUUCCACCCAGGAAUGGAUCGUCAUUUCCUACAUUUUCACCCUGGGAAUUGAAAAGAUGAGAGAGAUUCUGAUGUCAGAGCCUGGGAAGUUGCUACAGAAAGUGAAGGUGUGGCUGCAGGAGUACUGGAAUGUCACUGACCUCAUUGCCAUACUACUGUUCUCCGUGGGAAUGAUCCUUCGUCUCCAAGACCAGCCCUUCAGGAGUGAUGGGAGGGUCAUCUAUUGUGUCAACAUCAUUUAUUGGUACAUCCGUCUACUAGAUAUCUUCGGCGUGAACAAGUAUUUGGGCCCAUAUGUAAUGAUGAUUGGAAAAAUGAUGAUAGACAUGAUGUACUUUGUCAUCAUUAUGCUGGUGGUUUUGAUGAGUUUUGGGGUCGCCCGGCAAGCCAUUCUCUUUCCCAAUGAGGAGCCAUCCUGGAAACUGGCCAAGAACAUCUUCUACAUGCCCUAUUGGAUGAUUUAUGGGGAAGUGUUUGCGGACCAGAUAGACCCACCCUGUGGGCAGAAUGAGACCCGAGAGGAUGGUAAAAUAAUCCAGCUGCCUCCCUGCAAGACAGGAGCCUGGAUCGUGCCAGCCAUCAUGGCCUGCUACCUUCUGGUGGCCAAUAUCCUACUGGUCAACCUCCUCAUCGCUGUGUUUAACAAUACAUUUUUUGAGGUAAAAUCAAUCUCCAACCAAGUGUGGAAGUUCCAGAGGUAUCAGCUCAUCAUGACUUUCCACGAGCGGCCGGUUCUGCCCCCACCUCUGAUCAUCUUCAGCCACAUGACCAUGAUUUUCCAGCACCUGUGCUGCCGAUGGAGGAAACAUGAGAGCGACCCAGAUGAGCGGGACUAUGGUCUCAAACUUUUCAUAACCGAUGAUGAGCUCAAGAAAGUACAUGAUUUUGAAGAACAAUGCAUAGAGGAAUAUUUCAGAGAAAAGGAUGAUCGAUUCAACUCAUCCAAUGAUGAGAGGAUACGAGUAACUUCAGAAAGGGUGGAGAACAUGUCCAUGCGGCUGGAGGAAGUCAACGAGAGAGAACACUGCAUGAAGGCUUCGCUCCAGACUGUGGACAUCCGGCUGGCGCAGCUGGAGGAUCUCAUCGGGCGCAUGGCCACGGCCCUGGAGCGCCUGACAGGUCUGGAGCGAGCCGAGUCCAACAAAAUCCGCUCGCGGACCUCCUCGGACUGCACAGAUGCAGCCUACAUCGUCCGCCAGAGCAGCUUCAACAGCCAGGAGGGGAACACCUUCAAGCUCCAAGAGAGUAUAGACCCUGCAGGUGAGGAGACCAUGUCCCCAACUUCUCCAACCCUAAUGCCCCGUAUGCGAAGCCAUUCAUUCUAUUCAGUCAAUAUGAAAGACAAAGGUGGUAUAGAAAAGUUGGAAAGUCUUUUUAAAGAAAGGUCCCUGAGCCUACACCGGGCUACUAGUUCCCACUCUGUAGCAAAAGAAUCCAAAGCUCCUGCAGCCCCUGCAAACACCUUGGCCAUUGUUCCUGAUUCCAGAAGACCAUCGUCGUGUAUAGACAUCUAUGUCUCUGCCAUGGAUGAGCUCCACUGUGAUAUAGACCCUCUGGACAAUUCCAUGAACAUCCUUGGGCUGGGUGAGCCAAGCUUUUCAGCUCCACUAUCUUCCACAGCCCCUUCAAGCAGUGCCUAUGCAACUCUUGCACCCACAGACAGACCUCCAAGCCGGAGCAUCGAUUUCGAGGACAUCACCUCCAUGGACACUAGAUCUUUUUCUUCAGACUACACCCACCUCCCAGAAUGCCAAAACCCCUGGGACACUGAGCCUCCGAUGUACCACAGCAUUGAGCGUUCCAAAAGCAGCCGCUACCUAGCCGCCACUCCCUUUCUUCUGGAGGAGGCCCCCAUCGUGAAGUCUCACAGCUUUAUGUUUUCUCCUUCGAGGAGCUAUUACACCAACUUUGGGGUGCCUGUGAAAACUGCAGAAUACACAAGUAUUACAGACUGUAUCGACACGCGCUGUGUCAACGCCCCUCUAGCGAUCGCCAACAGAGCCACCUUCCCCGGCGGUCUCGGAGGCAAAGUAGAGGAUGCGUCCUGCUGCCCCCCUGAGCGGGAAGCAGAACUGAGCCACCCCAGCUCUGACCCUGAGGAGAGCGAGGCCAAAAGCCAGAGAGUGGCUGUCGAGAUGCCCUCCCAGGAGGGCGAUAACUCAGACAGACCCCUGUCCAACAACAUCACGGUUCCCAAGAUAGAGCGCGCCAACAGCUACUCCGCAGAGGAGCCGAGCGCGUCCUACGCACACACCAGGAAGAGCUUCUCCAUCAGUGACAAACUUGACAGGCAGCGGAACACAGCAAGCCUGCGAAAUCCCUUCCAGAGAAGUAAGUCCUCCAAGCCCGAGGCCCGAGGGGACAGCCUAUCCAUGAGGAGACUGUCCAGAACGUCUGCUUUCCACAGCUUUGAAAGCAAGCACAACUAAACCUUCUUAACAAGCGUUGCAGGAGCCACCAGAAAUCCAGCUCUAAAAUUCUCCCCCAACUCCACCUGUUCCCCUUCCUUGAAACGUACCUACUUUAUUCUUAGCUGAGCAAAACAAGCAAUGCCUGGGGAGGUGUUCACUCAAAGGUAACUUCUGGGCCACAGAUCAAGAAGGCCUUUUGAUCUGACCUGGUGCCAAACACGGGGGAUCUAAAUCAUGUUCACACUUGAUGGGUGGGGAGGGGAAAGAGGGAGAAGGGUAAGAGAUGAAUGUGUAUCACUAGUCGUUUCAGAAAGCUGUGAGCUCUGGGAAGGAAGGGGCUUCAAGAACGCAACAUGCCAGGAGGCAUCUUUCAAUUACUGAUCAUUAUCAAGAGUUUAGGAGGCAGGGCUAAAUUGCAAAAUAAAAUAAAUAAAUAGCCAGCGUACAAAUGAGAUAUUCUAAACUUCAAUUCUGUUUUCUUUUUACAUUGGCUCCAUCACUGGUGACUGAUGAAGAGCAUCCUUUUUAUUCAGUAUAAGCCGGCAGCAAGCAGUUCUACCUAACGUCCCACAUCCUUCUCAUGCCAACACUUCUGUAAUUGAUCAUUAUAAAGAAAAAACAAGGUAACAGUCAUAGUUCACCUGUCUCCUAUUAUUCACUUCUGGUGCCACAACUGUUUUCUUUUUUGAAGAAAAUAAGGGAAAAGAAAUGCCUUUUUGUAAUGCAAUCAAAAUGAAAGAAGAAUUGUUAAAAACAAUGUCAAGAGGUUUAUUAUAUACAGUGGGCAUUCAAGCAUAGUCAAGCAAGCUCAGGAUGAAUGUAAUUAAAUAAUUUUAUAUUUUUUAAUUUAUUUUGUAUUUCACCUGUCAUCAAUGAAGCCACUCAUUGAAUAAGAAAUAGUGAACA